CUCUGGUAUCGCAAGAAGGAGGCUGAAUGAGGCAGAGACGCUGAGCUCUGUCCGGCAGGCCCAGUUAGAGCGGCUGGAGGCGGCAAGACCCCGCAGGCCGGGGAGCAGGGAGCGGGGCCCCGUGCUGAGGAUGGCCAGGCAGCAGCCGCCGCCCUGGGUCCACGCAGCCGUCCUGCUCUGCCUCCUCUGCCUCAGUGGGGCCAUCGAGAUUCCUAUGGAUCCAAGCAUUCAGAAUGAGCUAUCCCAGCCCCCAACCAUCACCAAGCAGUCUGUGAAGGACCACAUCGUGGAUCCCCGCGACAACAUCCUGAUCGAGUGUGAAGCCAAGGGGAACCCUGCCCCCAGCUUCCACUGGACUCGAAACAGCAGGUACUUCAACAUCGCCAAGGACCCUCGAGUGUCAAUGAGGAGGCGGUCUGGGACCCUGGUGAUCGACUUCCGCAGUGGGGGCCGGCCCGAGGAAUAUGAGGGGGAAUACCAGUGCUUCGCCCGCAACAAAUAUGGCACGGCCCUGUCCAACAGGAUCCGCCUGCAGGUGUCCAAGUCUCCCCUGUGGCCCAAGGAAAACCUAGACCCUGUCGUGGUUCAAGAAGGCGCUCCCUUGACGCUCCAGUGCAACCCCCCGCCCGGACUUCCUUCCCCAGUCAUCUUCUGGAUGAGCAGCUCCAUGGAGCCCAUCACCCAAGACAAGCGUGUCUCCCAGGGCCACAACGGCGACCUGUAUUUCUCUAACGUGAUGCUCCAGGACAUGCAGACGGACUACAGCUGCAACGCACGUUUCCACUUCACCCACACCAUCCAGCAGAAGAACGCCUUCACCCUCAAGGUCCUCACCACGCGAGGAGUUGCAGAAAGGACACCCAGCUUCAUGUACCCCCAGGGCACGGCGAGCAGUCAGAUGGUGCUGCGUGGCAUGGAUCUCCUGCUGGAGUGCAUCGCCUCCGGGGUCCCAACACCAGACAUCGCAUGGUACAAGAAGGGUGGGGACCUCCCCUCUGACAAGGCCAAGUUUGAGAACUUUAACAAGGCUCUGCGCAUCACCAACGUCUCCGAGGAAGACUCCGGGGAGUAUUUCUGCCUGGCCUCCAACAAGAUGGGCAGCACCCGGCACACGAUCUCGGUGAGAGUAAAGGCUGCUCCCUACUGGCUGGACGAACCCAAGAACCUUAUCCUGGCUCCUGGCGAGGAUGGGAGGCUGGUGUGUCGAGCCAAUGGGAACCCCAAGCCCACUGUCCAGUGGAUGAUAAAUGGGGAGCCUCUGCAGUCGGCACCACCCAACCCAAACCGUGAGGUGGCUGGGGACACCAUCAUCUUCCGGGACACCCAGAUCAGCAGCAGGGCGGUGUACCAGUGCAACACAUCCAACGAGCACGGCUACCUGCUGGCCAACGCCUUCGUCAGCGUGCUGGAUGUGCCACCCCGGAUGCUGUCACCCCGGAACCAGCUCAUUAGGGUGAUCCUGUACAACCGGACACGGCUGGACUGUCCGUUCUUUGGGUCCCCCAUCCCCACACUCCGAUGGUUUAAGAACGGGCAGGGGAGUAACCUGGAUGGUGGGAACUACCAUGUCUAUGAGAACGGCAGUCUGGAAAUCAAGAUGAUCCGCAAAGAGGACCAAGGCAUCUACACCUGUGUUGCCACCAACAUCCUGGGCAAAGCUGAAAACCAGGUCCGCCUGGAGGUCAAAGACCCCACCAGGAUCUUCCGGAUGCCUGAGGACCAGGUGGCCAAACGGGGCACCACAGUGCAGCUGGAAUGUCGGGUGAAGCACGACCCCUCCCUGAAGCUCACGGUCUCCUGGCUAAAGGAUGAUGAGCCUCUCUACAUCGGAAACAGGAUGAAGAAGGAAGACGACUCCCUGACCAUCUUCGGUGUGGCUGAGAGGGACCAGGGCAGUUACACCUGUGUUGCCAGCACUGAGCUGGACCAGGACCUGGCCAAGGCCUACCUCACUGUGCUAGCUGAUCAGGCCACUCCAACUAACCAUUUGGCGGCCCUGCCCAAAGGACGGCCAGACCGACCCCGGGACCUGGAGCUCACAGACCUGGCCGAGAGGAGCGUGAGGCUGACCUGGAUCCCAGGGGAUGACAACAACAGCCCCAUCACAGACUACGUCGUCCAGUUCGAAGAGGACCAGUUCCAGCCUGGGGUCUGGCACGACCAUUCCAAGUUCCCGGGCAGUGUCAACUCUGCCGUCCUCCAGCUGUCCCCAUAUGUCAAUUACCAGUUCCGGGUCAUUGCCAUCAACGAGGUGGGCAGCAGCCACCCCAGCCUCCCCUCCGAGCGCUACCGGACCAGCGGGGCGCCCCCUGAGUCCAAUCCUGCCGACGUGAAGGGAGAAGGCACCAGGAAGAACAACAUGGAGAUCACGUGGACGCCCAUGAACGCCACCUCCGCCUUUGGCCCCAACCUGCGCUACAUCGUCAAGUGGCGGAGGAGAGAAACUCGAGAGUCGUGGAACAACGUCACAGUCUGGGGUUCCCGCUACGUGGUGGGGCAGACCCCUGUCUACGUGCCCUAUGAGAUCCGAGUCCAGGCCGAAAAUGACUUUGGAAAGGGCCCUGAGCCAGAUACUGUCAUCGGUUACUCCGGGGAAGAUUAUCCCAGGGCUGCACCCACUGACGUUAAAAUCCGAGUCCUGAACAGCACGGCCAUCAGCCUGCAGUGGAACCGCGUCUACCCCGACACGGUGCAGGGCCAACUCAGGGAGUACCGAGCCUACUACUGGAGGGAGAGCAGCUUGCUGAAGAACCUGUGGGUGUCUCAGAAGAGGCAGCAAGCCAGCUUCCCUGGUGACCGCCCCCGUGGCGUGGUGUCCCGCCUCUUCCCCUACAGUAACUACAAGCUGGAGAUGGUCGUGGUCAAUGGGAGAGGCGAUGGGCCUCGCAGUGAGACCAAGAAGUUCACCACCCCGGAAGGAGUACCCAGUGCCCCCAGGCGUUUCCGAGUCCGGCAGCCCAACCUGGAGACAAUCAACCUGGAGUGGGAUCACCCGGAACACCCCAAUGGGAUCCUGAUCGGAUACACGCUCAAAUACGUGGCCUUUAAUGGAACCAAAUUAGGAAAGCAGAUAGUGGAAAACUUCUCUCCCAAUCAGACCAAGUUCACGAUGCAAAGAGCAGACCCCGUGUCGCGCUACCGCUUUACCCUCAGUGCCAGGACGCAGGUGGGCUCUGGGGAAGCUGUCACCGAGGAGUCACCAGCACCCCCAAAUGAAGCCACUCCAACCGCAGCUCCUCCCCCGUGGCCCCCGACCACGGUGGGUGCGACAGGCGCUGUGAGCAGUACUGACGCUACUGCCCCCGCUGCCACCACCGAAGCCACAACAGUCCCCACCAUCCCAAGUGUCGCACCUACCACCGUGGCCACCACCACCGCUGCCACCACUACAACCACUGCCGCCACCACCGCAGAGAGGCCUCCCACCACCGCCUCCGGGACUAAGAUGCCCGAAUCUGCCCCCGACAGGCAGUCCAUAUGGAACGUCACGGUGCUCCCCAACAGUAAAUGGGCCAACAUCACCUGGAAGCACAAUUUCGGGCCCGGAACUGACUUUGUGGUUGAGUACAUCGACAGCAACCAUACGAAAAAAACUGUCCCUGUUAAGGCCCAGGCCCAGCCUAUACAGCUGACAGACCUCUAUCCCGGGAUGACUUACACCUUGCGCGUUUAUUCCCGGGACAACGAGGGCAUCAGCAGUACCAUCAUCACCUUUAUGACCAGUACAGCUUACACCAACAACCAAGCAGACAUCGCCACCCAGGGCUGGUUCAUUGGGCUCAUGUGUGCCAUCGCCCUCCUGGUGCUGAUCUUGCUCAUCGUCUGUUUCAUCAAGAGGAGUCGGGGCGGCAAGUACCCAGUGCGAGAGAAGAAGGAUGUUCCCCUGGGCCCCGAAGACCCCAAGGAAGAGGACGGCUCCUUUGACUACAGUGACGAGGACAACAAGCCCCUGCAGGGCAGCCAGACGUCCCUGGAUGGCACCAUCAAGCAGCAGGAGAGUGACGACAGCCUGGUGGACUAUGGCGAGGGUGGAGAGGGGCAGUUCAACGAGGACGGGUCCUUCAUCGGCCAGUACACUGUCAAAAAGGACAAGGAGGAGACAGAGGGCAAUGAAAGCUCAGAGGCCACGUCGCCUGUCAACGCCAUCUAUUCUCUGGCCUAACGGAGCCCCCUCGCCCAGGACACAGCCACUACUUUGCAAGUGGGAGGAGGGGAGAGGGGGAGAUGAAGCCACCGCAGACCUACCACACAGCCACCACCUCCUUCAGGGACAAGGGUACAACAAGGGGGUCUGCCAAGCUGUGAGGACCAGUGACGGCCCAGCCAACCCCAAGCCCCCUCCCAAUGACCGCCCCUGCACCCCCGGGGUGCCACCGUGUGGAGGAGUCCUGGCUAAGCUCAGCCUCACGGCCACCUGGAGCCUCCCCCACCCCCGGCCCGCCCUUGCCCUCCGCACGCGCACUCACCGGUUUCUGUUGGUCACAGCCCUUCGCGUUAUCCUUAUUUUUCUUUUGUGCAUCUUCCCCGUCCAGACCCAGCGUCUCCGUUUUCUUUUCCUUUCGAAGAAAUGUCCCUGGACAAAGAAAGAAUGGGUGGAUUCUCCCCCAGAUGGGCAAAAGGAUUGACCUGUAAAAGAUGUUGUAGAAAAGCUGUCGUAUUCACACCGCCCCCGGGCCAACGUAUUUCCGAAGGAUGCCUUUCUCGCCAGAUGCCUCCCCGGGCCCCCAACCCAUGCGCCUUGGCCUUGUCAGUUGCUGAGCUGGGCUUGGCUGCUUUCUGGAAAAUGACAGUAUUUUUGGCAGGGAGAGAGUGGGCAGGCCUCCUUGCCCCGCUCUGGUUCAGUCGGGAGGUGGGCUUACCUCUUGCUCCUGGCUCUCACCCUGCCCCUUCCCCCAGCGUGUCCCAGACAAGAGCUGCGCCAGCUCUGAAGGAGUCUGAGGAACGGGAGCGGCCACAGAUGGGAAGAGCUUCGAAGCCAGUGGCCGAGUACCUCAAGCAGUGGGAAACUGGACGUCUGGUCCCUGGGGAGCUGUGCUCACCUCAGGAGAGAAGGAAAGGGCUGGGUUUGGACUUCCUUCCUCCCCAUCGGUGAAAUCCGGGAUGUGGGAGAGAGGACUGUGCCCCCUGCCUCGAGGGAUGAGGGCACCCCCCGACCAGGUCAGGGAUCCCCGCUGCGACCCUCCUGGGGAUGGAACCAGGCGAUGCAGAAGCUUUGCUGAUGUGUUUGGGGGUACAAGGUGCUGCUCCCCCUCUCGCCUCUAGCAAGUAGCAUCUCCUCCGUCAAUUCUGUAAGACAUCGAAAGUGGUGUUUCACACCGUGCCGCCCCCCGAGACCGAACCAGUGUGUCCUGUCCUCGGGGUAUUUACAUAUCAGGAGAGUGCGCGGGAACACCACGCUGACCGCACUGGAGAACCUGGCCUGGGGACCCCGUGCCCUCCGGAUGCCUUACGCAGCUCUGAUGUGGCCCUGCAGCUCCCAGGUCCCCAGCCCCUGCCCGUAAACCUCGAAGCCUCCAGCGAUGUCUCUCAAGAAUGGGGCGGCCCCAGCAAACAUCACCACAGACCCAGAGCAGCCGCUCGCCGCGCGCCCUGCACCCCGUUGCCCAGCCCGAGACCCACACAGCCUGCAGUGCUCAGAGACCCAAGGCGCGGCCUUCAGCCUCCCCACCUAAUCCGUUUCUGAAACCAAAGGUACCUAGCCUCAGAGAGCUUGAGCCUGAGAGCAACCUGGUAGCGGUCGCUGCAGCUAGAGCUGGUUUCGGGAGGGGGAAGCUGACCCCCCAUCUGGACUGCCUGCCACGGGCACAGCCUCUGGUCCGAGCCUCCAGCUGCUCGCCGGCAGCCUGGGCAGCAACGGAGCUGUAUCCUUCAGAGGCUCGAUCAAAGCAUCGUUUGCCACACGUUUACACCACAAAGGUAUUAGCAAUGUUUGCAUCCCUUCCUAAUCAGUCAGCUGAAGGUCAGGCACAUAGACACACGUAUUCUGUCUGCAGGUAAGAAACCAUAGCCCAGAGCUGAGCCAGUUGUGCUGUUUGAACCUGAGAGCAGGUGCCUGGCCUUUGGCCCCAGCCGUGGCCAGCCUUUGCAGCCCAGAAGCCCCAGGGGCAGCUCCCUCGUGCUGAAAGGGGACAGGGUGAAUCACGGGGGGCUAGGAGUGAGCUUAGGGGCCCCCUCCUCUGGCUUUCCUCUACAGCUGGGCAGUCCUGCACCCAAGCCCAGCCUCUCUCUAGGGAAUGUCAGGGAAGUGUGCCUAUAAACUGAAUUAAAGGACCAGACUUUCCAGAAUAUGCUCUGAAUCUGAGCAGAGUAGACAGUGUUUUGGGCCCCCCCCUCCAUGUGACACCCCCACACCAGUGAGCUCAGUGCACCACAGGCCGGCUCAGUGGGUAAGGGGACCAUGCACUGUCACGGUGCCCAUCCCCCCGGCCGUGCAGCUGAGGACCGCAGAAGGCCUCCUGCCGCCAGGGGUCUGGGGGAAAGAUGAUUGCUCAGCCUGUCUGCUCUUCGUGUGUGUCGUGCCCGCUCUGCACCAGCUCCCUCUGUGUUGGAAGGCCGUGCGGGCAGCCCCAUGGAGAGACGCCGCCCGCACCGCCACACCACCCAGCCCUCCUGGCAGGCAGGAGCUAACCUGAGCCCGGAGAAGCCGUCUCCCCUGAGCAGAGAUGCUUAGAGAGGUGUGUGUAGGGCAGGGUUAGGGAGCAGCCCUUCCAGGAAGAGAUUGUCCAUUUCCCGUGAGCCCAUGCCAGAGCCCAGCCCGCUCAGCCGGAAAGCAGUAUUGUCCCGCAUGCCCUGCCCACUGGGGCUCUCAAGCAACCGCCCAAAAACAUACCAACCAUGGGGCCAGGAGACGGUGACACUAUCGGUGCUUCUGCCUGCCUGGCUGUAGGGGGUGGGGGAGUCUCUCAGUGAUCCCAGAAGCCCUGUUGCCUGUGCAGCGGUCCCACCUGCCUGUGCCGAGCCACCAAAGCUGUGGGCUCAGGAAACAGCCUUGAACUUCUAGUCUGAGCCAUAGUCACAUGCGAGCCCUGCCCUCCCGGGCCUGGAGCUGAGAUGCAGGACACAGUGGGCAUUGGUUGGGGGCACCUUGAGUUCUCAAGCCUCCGGUUGCUCCAGGGUCCAAGGGAGAAGCUCCGGCAAGAGCAUGUAGUCCACGAGGCUGAGGAAGAUUGGGGGGAGGGGCGGUCAGAGCCUGUGGGGUGGGGUCGAGGACCAGUCCUGCCUCCUGAGUCUCUUUGCUCUGCCCCUUGGGGCAAGUUGCUUGACUUGUCUGUAUGUUGGUGCCUCCAGUUCCCCUGUGUCAUCCCUCCUUUGAAUACCUGUGCCCACGGAGGGACAGGAACCCAGCUGAAGGAGCAGGAAGGCCAGCGACUAAGGGGUACAGCGCUGCAGGGCCAGGGACAGCUGCCUCCCACCCUGCCUGGCUUUUGUGAAGGGGACCCAUCUUGCCUUAUCUUAGUUUUGAGGAGAUAGUUGAGGCUCGGCUAAAGGGAAAACCAGACCAGCUCUUUCCCUUGUCCAUUGUCUUUGCCCUGGGGUGGGGGCAUCUGGUCUAUCCCUUCCUGGCAAGUCCCAAGGUCUGGAGGAGGGUCCACCUGUCCCAGAAGCAGCCAGUGCCAACACUGCACACCCUGGCCGGGGGGUCUCUGCAACCUGGGCCAGAUACGGCUUUCAUGGCUUCCCCGGACACAGCCUGAGGAAAGGGCUGUGGACAGGUGUGGGUUUUCCCCCUGCCCACACCCAGCACCCGUGCAUGGGCACAGCCACACAGUAGGGCUGCGCUUGCAGGGGGAACAGUACAGAUUAUGACAUUGUCUUAGGGUGGGUUCACACCCUGGCCCACUUGAGAGGUUGGACCCCUCUUGAAGGAUUCCUGCAGACAGAACCGAGAGAGUCUGAUCCGAAGGAGAGGGAAGCUUCUCUGGGAGAACCCGGGGCAGAGGAUCUUUAAGGGUCCUGGGGCCCUUUGCAGGAUCCAAGCCAAGCCACAGAGAGUCCCAAACAGCCCAUGGGACAGAAGCAGCGGGGAUUGAACACACUUUGCCUCAGUCUUAGCAAGGCUGCUUCACCAAUACUGAGGAGGGGAGGCUCCCCCGGCUCUCAGGGAGAGGGCAGCCGGUUCCUUGGGUGCGGGCACAGGCGUGCUCCCCAUUCGUGACACCUGGGUCAGCACUCCAGCAGCCCCUGCCGCUAGGAAGAAAUCACCCAGUGGAUCUUGGCUGAGCUUCACGCAGUGGCUUAGAAGUAGCAUGUAGGAGUUCCCUGAUUGAAAAAAAAAAAA